AUGAACAACGCAAAUAGCAAACUCGUUAACAAGCACAGCCACACGUUCGUCGAGGAGACCAAGUUUGAAAUGGAGCAUUUAAUUAAGAGGAUUUUUGGCACCUACCCUGAGGACUACAGUUUCGGCGACAAAGGCCUUCAGUAUGACUCUGUGGAUAGUCUUUGCCUGAAUAUCAAGGUCAUUGAGAUUCUGCCUUUGACAAAGCUUUUAGUCAAGUCAUCAGAGGAAAUUUGGAAGAGGAUCAAAGCUGAGAUGAUCAAGGCUAAGAGUAUUUCACAGCCUCGGAAAGGUUCUGGCAAUGCUGAGAGCAAUAGCAACAGCAACGACAACAGCAGCAGCAAUGGUGGCAACAAAAACAGCAAUGGCGUACCCCGCGGUAAGAAUCAUUCCACUCUCGAUUAG